AAUAACCAAACGCGGAUGACAAAACAGUCCUCCCUUUGCAAGUGAAAAUACGUGACGGAAAAGUAAAACAUCUUCAGUUUACAUACAUCGCACCGGGCCAUCGUGUGUCUGCUCAGCCCAGCCCACACCCAAUCUAUGUGACGUCGUUGACCGACGCAUACGAUUGGAAGAAUUUUCACCGAAACCGAAAACAAAUCUGUGUGGCGCACAGCAAGCCAUGAAAAUGUAAUGAAGUGGUGGUCCGCGCGCCUAGUGCAAAAGAAGGAAAAUCCGCGCCCAUCAUCGCGCUGCUGGGAUGUGCCGUGGUGUCGUCGUUGUGUUAAUUCGGUGUUAAUUCAAUCUGCCAACACAAAUGGCCUUUGGUGACGGAGGCGGCGAGAAGCAAACGGCGAGUUGCGUUUUUGACAGCAGGUGAAGCUGCGGGUUUUUCGUACCUUUUCAUCCUACUGUGUAGCAGCAUCGAAGCAACCAGCGGCGUAGCAAGAAAAACAACCAACCACAUCAGAUGGGGCGAUAGACAGAUUCUUGUGUUGUGUUGUUGUGCACUGAUGGAGGUGUUCUAAAAAUAAGCAAAAGGAGAAAAAAAAACAUUUAUCGGCUUGAUUUUGCAUGUGCGCUUCGUGGGUGAGAGCGGCACACCGGCCAUAAAACCAACGGAAAGCCCUGUACAGGGGAAAGUGUGGUGAAGUGAAAAAUCAAUCUUGCACGCAACCUGACCCUGGUCGGCCUGGUUGGCAUGGUGAAGUGGUGCGAUCGCUAGCGAGAAGGUGAAGUAGCGUGAAUACACCGCGGCCACCAUUGAUAAUUAGUGAUGGUCAGCCGUGCUUGAAGGGCAUUUCUACACCGGCCGUGUGUGUGUGUGUGCGCGCGUGUGCGUGGAGAAGACGAUAAGCCAAACAUCAACCGCGAUCAAAUCUGUAUGUGAGAAAAACAUACCUCAAAAACACAUCAGCCACAUCAUGUCGAUAUCGAACGGGAAAACUUCUUCCGACAUCGAGAAUGUAGACUGGAACUCGUCCGGGAUGUUGACACACACCAGAUACGGUUCCACCAGCAGUCAGGCGUCGCAGAGCAGUGGCGACAUUUGCCGCAUCUGUCACUGCGAGUCGGACACCCUGAACCCGUUGCUGACGCCCUGCUACUGCUCCGGAAGUCUAAAGUUCGUGCACCAGACCUGUCUGCAGCAAUGGCUGACGGCGUCGGAAACGAAUGCCUGCGAACUGUGCAAGUUCCCGUUUAUCAUGCACACGAAAAUCAAACCGUUCAACGAGUGGCGCAGUUUGGAUAUGUCCGGUGUGGAGCGGCGUCGACUGUGCUGCGCGGUCCUAUUCCACUGUGCGGCCGGUUUGUGCGUCAUCUGGUCGCUGUGCGUGCUGAUCGAACGGGCCACCGAGGAGGUGCGGCGUGGCCAGAUAGGAUGGCCGUUCUGGACGAAGCUGAUCGUGGUGACGGUGGGACUGACGGGAGGCGUCGUGUUCAUGUACAUCCAGUGCAAGCAGUACUUGAAUCUGUGCAAUCGUUGGCGUGCUAGAAAUCGCAUACUGCUCAUCCAGAAUGUUCCGGAAAAAAUCCACCCACCGCAGUCGCCCCAGAUGCCACAGUUUCGUCGCGUCCGUACGGCAGCUACAUCCGGCCAACCGCUCGGCGGCGGCGGUGGUACGAUGGGUAUCAAUGCGGUCAACAACGCAGUGACGGCAUCGGUGGCGGCUGCUGCUGCUGCUGCUGCCGCCGCCGCGGCACGUCAAUCAUCGUUCGAUCAUCCUCUCGGUGCGGCAACGGUAAAUGUCAGCAUUGGCAGCGGUGGUCCAUCUACCGGCGGAACGACUGGAGGCGGUGGAAACCACUGCGAGUUGCAGCUCAAUCAGCAGGGCCAAAUCAUUGCGGCAAACAUCGAGAGCAAUUCGAUCGGCGGGUACGAUCGGGACUGGACGCUGGACGACAUUAGCCAGGUGUCGUUCAAGCCGUGUCUGCAGGGUAGCGGAAGCUUAACGCCGAUGCCGUUUCACGAUUCGGUGCACAACAUUUGCGAAACGACGACCGGCAGCGGUAGCGGUAUUAUGCAGAUGAGUGCGACCUCAACGGCGGCCGGAGGGACUGCAGCUUCCAGCGGUAAUAAUAAUAAUAGUAAUAAUGGGAGCAGCCAUCGUUACUCAACCGUGUCCACCUCAUCGAAUCCGUGUGGCGAGCAGAAUAAUAGUAACGGCCCUGAGCUUGCCUUGCUCAGUAAGCUCAACAAUGGUGUGGUCGAGCGUAGCAGAAGUAACUCCCCAAAUGUCGUACCGUCAGCAGUCACAACCACCACAUUGGCGGCCGUCGCGACACCCGGUGCCAUGGGACGGUACGUGAAUUCGGCCAUAUUCCUCGAAAACCGUGAUAUUUUAAAUGAUCCCUCCAUGGGACCGGCGGGCGGACAGGAUGAUCUGUCCAGCAAACUGUACCACCGUCACUCAACGGUGCUGGCCGGAACCGGACCGGCCGUGGCCGGGUUUGCACGGGAUGAAUCCUCCGCAGCGGCUGGUACGUGUGGACCACACCCAGAGCAAAACAAAUCAUUCCGGCGCUACUCGGACACGAAGCUGCUGCAGAAGCAAUCGCUAAGCUUCCCGCAGGAACCGCUCGCCCUGUGCGAGAUCGGUACGCACACCAAAGACCAGCUAUUGCUCAAUCCCAAAAGCAUCAUCUACGACAUGACGAGUCUGCUGGGGCCGGCAGUGGAUCUGAAGGAUCAUCCGGCAGCGAACGGGUCCGAUCGUGAUGUGGCCGCCAACCGUCACCACCACAGCCAUCACCAUCAUCAUCACCACCACCAUCCGCACCAUCACCAUCGGCAUCAUCAUGGUGCGGUGGGUGCUGGUGCGUAUCAUCAUCAUCCGCUUGCAUCGUCCGAUGGCCGAUCGGGUGAAGAUUCCAUCCAGCAGCAACAGCAGCAGAACGCUCUCCAAACGACUGACAUCCAGUUCGAAAGCGGUGGCCCGCUGGACGACGAUGCGCUCGAGAUGAACAUACAGGAGAUACUCGAGUACGACCAGCAGCAGCAGCAGCAGCAGCAGCACUAUCCUCGUUCCGGCGUUGUGGAGCAGCGGUUGUCUCUCGAGAACAUCCUGCAGUCGUCGUAUCACGAUGAUCCGGGCGCGGUACCUGUACGCCCGUACUACGACCACCAUGGCCAUUCGAUGCUGUCGCUUAGUCUCGCCAGCAAAACGCCUCCUCCUCAUCCUCCUGCCACCCUCCUCACCACGGGCACUAGCCAUGUGCAGCAGUCCACCGACUAUCCUUAUCCACGCUCAACGAUGGCCGGAACCGUCGUCGUGGCGGAUAGUCCCUAUCAGCCGCACCAGCAACAGCAGCAACAGGUGGUGCAGGUGCAUCCCCAGCUUCAGCCGCAACGUUCGCACUGCUGUGGCGAAACGCCGGACGCGACCCGUUUCGCCAGCGACAGCAACAAGCUAAAGCUCUUCAAAUCGCUGCCCAAUCUGAGCGCCAGCAGUGAAAAUCUGCUACCGUAAGCUGGGCUGUCGAGCCUCGAUUGCGAUUCGCCGGGUUGAAACCAAUUAUGUAGCAUGAGGCUGACCGCACACACAACGCGCUCUACACCCUUAGCUCGGUGUAUUGUGGUGCAGUGCAGUGGGGAGGAACAGAAGUGAAGAAACGUAAUAUAUUUGUGAUUGUUCGCUAGAGUAAACCAACCGCUGUAGAUGAUAUUUUAGCAGGGUUUUAAGCAUUCAAUAUAAGUGAGCUGUGUGCGUGUGUGCGUGUGUGAGUGUGCGAGAGUGGAUGGGUACUCGGAUUUUUAGACCGCAAGUUAAGUAAAAGGGAGCGUGUGGGAGCGAACGUGAUUGAAUGGAGGAAACGAAUUGUGUGAAAUAAUUAGUGAUAAGGGAAAAGGUAACGGCGCCAAUUUCUCACUCUUUCCCCGUUUCUUCUUAUAACCUCACUAUAAUCCGUAGUAGCAGCCACGUUUUAACGAUGAAAAACAUUGCAAGCCAAUCUUAACCUAAUUACAGAACAACAACCCAUCAAACUCCUAACAAAUUUCAAAACUUCCGUGCGAUAUGCCCGAUCCGGGUUGUUGCAUCCCUAUUGUAGAUAAACUAAAUAGCAUUACAAAGCGAGCAAGCAAGCAAGCAACCAAUCAAGUCAAAACUCAACUUUACAAUGCAAACAGAGGGAAGUAGAAUUCUUGUGCCAGGGCUGGUUAGCGGGACGAUGGUUCCGUGUGUUCCGAAUGAAGGAGGAAGGUGAUGAAAAAUGUGAAUCGAAUUUUAGUGAAUUAAAGUUGUAGCCAGUAGUAGUGAUGAGGAGGUGAGUGUGUGUGUGUGUUUAUAAUAAACAGGAAAAAAUGGGAGGACCAGCGAUCGGGACUGGGAAAGGCACACACAAGCGCACCAUGAAGAUUUUUGCUCCAACCAAGCGGGUUGGAGCAGGAAGCGAAACAUAUUGAUUCCUGCGCCUACCGGAGUUUUUUUUUUUUUUGGUUUGGUUUUGGCUGUGUUUGCGUAAUCGAAACGCAACCCACAGCCAGACAGCAGCAUAUUAUGGUGUACACAUUUGAUUCUAGUGAUAACUGACUAAAUGAACUAACGAGAAUAUGUUACUGUUUCAUUUUACUAUUUAAAGUGUCCAAUACAGAUCGAAAAAGUGCAGAA